UGAACCACCUUCCAAUGAAGAAAAGAAAAAAAGAAAGGGAAAUUUAGUUGGUCACAUUAAAUUCAAACUAGCCGUUAGGCAGAGCGCUCCUGAUCAUGUAUGUAUCCCUACAUCCUCACUACUCGGCUCACUCUCAUUUCUGCAUACCUGAUAUCAUCAUUGAUCAUCAAUCGGAAUCAAAAUCAGAAUCAAGCAUAGCUUGAAUUUUCUUCCACGAAAAAAUGUUUGCUCAUGGUUUGGAUCAAUCUGCCAUGGAAUGGAUUAAUAAGGGGAAAGAUGAAGUGAUGGAAGCUGAACCUUCUUCACGGGAAAACUUUGAAUAUGGAUUAAUUUCUAGAUCAUCCCCAUAUCUUUGGAAUGGAAGAAAUUAUUUGUCACCUAAAACUCUGCCAUCUCUGAAGUUCCAUUCUGGUUUGCUUGGCAAACAUAGUAUGUCUACUCUAGACUUGAGUGAAUCUGAUGAGCAGACUGUCAGUAAUGAUAGUGAUGAUGAUGGUGAUGAAAGUGUGGCUUCAGCACCGUAUGAUUUGGAUAGUUAUUAUCCUGAACAUGACCAAGAAUUUUCACCGUACAAUGAUGUCAGUAAUUGUGGGAAGCCCAUUCUUUUUGACAAUGAAGAUACCAUUAGUGUGCAAGGUAAACAUGUUAGAUGUCGACCUGGACUGUUGAUCAACAGAGGAUCAUCUAUGCUUAAUCUCAAAGUUGAACUGCCGAACGCGACCAAAAGAUACAGUGAUGUUGGACUAGAGAAACAGAGGGAGUACUUUAUGACUCCAGAUAGUGGUGGUCACUCUCUUGUUAAUGCUAACCCAUAUAGUGCACAGGAUACUCCCAUCAAUCAUAGCAGAUUCUAUGAUUGUGGAGACUUAGGUACUCCGAGCGCUCCUCCAGUCGCAGCCGAUGCCGAGAUUGAAUGUGAGCCAGAAGAUGAUGAGAGACAUGAAACUGUUAUGGAUGAUGCUACAAUGAAUGAACUCACCAGAAAUGGACUGUACACAACUGGAGUUGGAGACUGUAAUGAAGAGAUUAAGCAAGGUUUAUUAGAACCAAAAGCAGACACUUCAGAGGAUGUUGAUUUCCAUGAGAAUGGACAAAAUGCUUUGCAAAUCCUUGUAGCAUAUGAUGCCUGCAUUCGACUAUGCCUGCAUGCGUGGGCAAAUGGUUGUCCAGAUGCACCCGAGUUCCUUCGUGAUGAAUGCCUUAUCCUUCGGAAAGCUUUUGGGCUGAACAAGUUGCUACUGCAUCCACAAGGUAUGCAAACAGAAAAGGAUGGGGUCUCUAAGAGCAGAGAAGAAACAUGCUGUAGGAAGCAGGAUAUAGUAGUCAGCAAGAUUAGGGUGGAAGUGAAAAAGCUACGCAUUAUACCAAGAAGAAAACUUAAGAGUUCAUACUCUAGCCGAGGUUCACUAUACAUUCAAACAGGGGCAAAGUAUGUGCGCCAUGUUUCAUCACUUGUGAAAACCAGCAUCAAUUCGCUCAUGAACUCAUCCUUAUCGCUUACAAGUGAAGAACCUAUGUCAUGCUUAUUCCUUCUAAAGAGCUCCAUGGAAGAUUCUCAAAUGGAUGAUGGUUCUGCAAUAUGCUUGCAUCCAGGAACUGGUGAUUACCAUGAUUUCUUUCCGGAAAGUCAAGGGGAUGCACUUUUGAUUGAAGUUAGAGAUUCAAAACAAAUGACUCAAGGUCAAGCUAUAAUUCCACUUUCAUUGAUAGCUGAGAGCCAAAGUGACAAAGUUCGAUGGUGGCCAAUCUACCAUAGUGAACAUGAAUGCAUUGGGAAGAUCCAACUUUUUAUUGCUAGUUCAGUUCCGGAUGAGGAGGGUAAACAUAUGAAGACUAGUCCUGUUGUUGAAACUCUAGCAUAUGAUAUGUUGCUGGGAGCUGCAAUGCGCGCACAAAACUUCCAUUCUAGCAAUCUAUGUUUGUAUGGUCCUUGGAAAUGGUUGCUGAGUGAAUUUGCAGACUAUUAUGGGGUAUCUGAGUCUUACACAAAGCUAAGGUAUCUCUUGUACGUCAUGAAAGUUGCUACUCCUACCAAAGAUUGCUUAGAGCUUGUACUGGAUUUGCUUGUGCCUGUUGUAAAAGCUAGGGGAGAAAAAACGUUAAAUAGGCAAGAGAAAAGCCUUUUGAUGGAAUGCGAAGUGCAAGUUGAGAGUCUCUUGGCAAAUGUUUUUGAAAACUAUAAGUCAUUGGAUGAGCACUCUGCCACGCAUUUGUCGGAUUCACUUAUUUUGGUACCGCAGACUGCACCACUAGCUCUAGCUCCUGCGGUGCAAAUAUAUACUCUUCUUCAUGAUAUUCUUUCCGAAGGCGCACAAUCAAUCUUACAAAAGUAUUUACAGACUGCAGCUCAGAAAAGGUGUCGAAGGCACAUGCUAGAAGCAGAUGAGUUCAUGUCAAGCAACCCUGAGAAUAUCCUGACAGAUCCUAUAUCCAUCUCCACUGCAUAUAUGAAGAUGAAAAAUCUUUGCAUAAACAUAGGCAAAGAAAUCCUUGCGGACAUCAAAAUCAACAAUCAACAUAUAUUACCCAGUUCAAUUGACCUGUCAAAGAUCACCGCUACCAUUUAUAGCUCUGAAUUGUCCAAGAGGUUGAAAAGGUUCCUUGCAGCAUGUCCUCCAUCUGGCCCUUUGCCUCAUGUGAAUAAACUUCUGGUUGCAACCUCUGAUUUUGAGAGGGAUCUUGAAACAUGGAAACUAAGUCCUAUUCAAGGUGGUGUGGACUCCAAGGAUCUAUUCCACAAUUACAUAAUGGUGUGGGUACAAGAGAUGCAGCUGGAAUUGCUAGAUCUCUGCAAGGCAGAAAAGACACCAUUUGUUGGGUUAUCGACCAACCUUUCUACCUCACCAUUUGCGGAGGAUAUGUAUUCAAAGAUAAAGGACAUGUUAACUCAGUACGAGAUAGUUAUCAGCCGGUGGCCACAUUACUCGUUAGUUUUGGAAAAUGCUGUUGCUGUUAUUGAGAGAGCAAUCUUAAAAGCAUUGGAACGGCAGUAUUGUGACAUUUUGGCUCCAUUGAAAGAUAGCAUACCGAAGAAGCUUGGUAUGCAGGUUCAGAAGUUGGCCCGAAGACAGUCAGCGACACUUUAUGUAGUCCCUAAUCAAUUAGGUACAUUUCUCAACACUGUCAAAAGAAUAGUUGAAGUUCUACAUUCUCAAGUGGAGGAUCUUUUAAAAUCUUGGGCAUCUUGUUUGCCCACAAUUGGUGGUAAAAAGUUGUCCUCUGGAGAGCAGAUGAAUGGGAUAGCUGUUUUGCUUAAGACAAAGUACAAAAAUUAUAUGCAGGCUUUAGUGGUAAAACUUCAUAGCAAUAUACAAGCUAACAGAAACACACAACUGAAGCGGGUUUUGGAAGAAACACAAGACUCAGACAGUGAAGCUGAGGUCCGCGAAAGAAUGCUAAUGCUAAAAUCGCAACUGAUUGAUUCUAUAUCCAAUUUGCACGAGGUUUUCCCAAGUCAAAUCUUCGUGGCAAUUUGUCGAGGAUUUUGGGAUAGAAUGGGUCAGAUUGUAUUAAGGUUUCUGGAGGGACGAAAAGAAAACCGAGUCUGGUACAGAGGAUCAUCUUACGCGCUUGGGAUAUUGGAUGAUAUAUUCGCGUCCCAGAUGCAGCGUUUGCAAGGCAAUGCUCUCCACGAGAAAGAUAUCGAGCCACCAAGGUCGGUGAUGGAGGCUCGAUCCAUUCUGUGCAGAGAUUCUCCAAAUGUAACAAAUUCAUCUAAUUACUUCUAUGUCUAGCCCUUUUUUUCUGUUCUUGUAUAGCUAUAUAAAAACAUACUAAUCCAACAUAUUUCUAUUUUUAGCGUAAAUAAUAAUAUAAAGCUCCCUUUCCUUAUGUAUACUAACAUUUACAAAAACAAAAAUUGUUUGAACAUUAAUGAGAUUUUUUAAAAAAUUGUUUACUAA